CUUCCCCCCACACAAGGGAAUUAAGUGACUGAUCAAUGGAUCAUCCAUUAAUGCCGGAUAGUAAGGUUAACCUGUCCAUUAAUGGGCAGUCUCACGUCCCUCCUGGCUUCAGAUUUCAUCCCACGGAGGAGGAACUUCUCCAUUAUUAUCUUCGCAAGAAGGUUUGCUACGAAAAGAUCGAUCUCGACGUCAUUCGUGAAGUCGAUCUCAAUAAGCUCGAACCUUGGGAUAUUCAAGAGAAAUGUCGAAUUGGUUCGGCGCCCCAAACCGAUUGGUACUUUUUCAGCCACAAGGACAAGAAGUAUCCGACCGGAACGAGGACUAACCGGGCGACGGCGGCCGGAUUCUGGAAAGCGACGGGACGAGACAAGAUCAUCUGUAGUGGCGCCCGAAGGAUUGGAUUGAGGAAAACACUCGUGUUCUACAAAGGAAGAGCUCCUCAUGGUCAGAAAUCUGAUUGGAUCAUGCAUGAGUACCGGCUCGACGAUAAUUUUGUCUUCCCAACUCCUAAUAAUGGCUCUGAUGUUCUAACUGGGGACUCCAUGAGUUGUAAUGAAGAUGGUUGGGUCGUAUGUCGGGUUUUCAAGAAGAAGAACUAUCACAAGAUCAUGGAUUCUCCUAGAAUCUGUCUAUCUUCUUCGGUUCAUCCGAAUAAGCCGACGUUUCAUCCCGAAAACGGCAACGUCUUGGAUCAGAUUCUUCUCUGCAUGGGAAGGACUGGCUCCGACAUCUGCAGAUCCGAGGAUCAGAAGACGAACGGCAACAACAUAGGACUGCUCGGUUCGUGCGACGACAACACCGAAGACGUUCUCUUGCAUGAGAGUUUCAUGCAACUUCCACGUCUAGAGACACCCAAGUCCGAAAACCACCCCGUCGUCAGCGAGAACCGGUUAGGGAAGUCCCCGGUUCAGGAGGAGAGAACCGGACCGGUUAGUGAUUGGGCGAGUCUUGACCGGCUGGUGGCUUGGCAGCUGAACAAUGGUCAUCAUCGAAUGGUUGACAUGUCUGACCGUGAUAAAUCUUGUUUGAACGAUCAUCCGAGUGUGGAAGAAGAUGGUAACAUGAUUCGAAGAUUGAAUCUCCAUUGGCAUGGCAAUGAUGAAGAAGACAUUGACAUAUGGAGUAGUCUCACUGAGUCAUCGUCCUCUCCUACGUCUUUAGAUCCUCUGGGGCAUUUGUCAAUAUGACUACUGUAUAUCGGGACACAUACACAUGUAUACACGUAUACACAAGGGCACGUA